UCCUUCUAAUACCCGCCAUUUCACUCUCACUACCUAAAACCCCCAACGAAUAACCGAAUCUUCUUCUCCUUCUUCAACUCUCUCUAAUGUGAACGAUCCCUACUAAAAUUGACAAUGUCGGAGCAGAGAUCCGGGUUAAGAAUCCGAGACGCCAGCCCGGACUCGGUUAUUUACACACUCGAGUCCAGCCUCUUCUCCUCUUCCGCUUCCGCCAGCGUUGACCGCUGCUCCUUCGCUUCCGAAGCCCUUGACCACGACUCCACCGCCUCCGAGAUCUCUCCGAACUCGGCGGCGCACCGUCACCAGCUUGAAGAGAGCUCCAGUGGUCCGGAUCGCGAUACAGAUCCGAAGACGAAGCCCGCUUUACACAUCACCAGCCACCACCAGGGUCGUCGAUCCAGAAAAGGAGAAAAGGCCAAAGCUUGCACAGUUCAAAAGCAAGACAACGACGCCGACUUGGUUCUUGAUUCAGCACGAAGCUCUUUCUCUCUCGCCUUGAAAGAAUGCCAGGACCGUCGAUCUAGAUCUGAAGCUCUGUCCAAGAAGCUAGACCGGCCGAGACCCGCUUCUUUGGAUUUGAACAAUGUCACCGCCUCGUCUCCGAGAUUGGGGACCUUAAAGAAGAGCUCAAUGGCGUCUCGCAAGUCUGGAACCUUCCCAAGUCCCGGAACACCUACUUACCGGCAUACUAGUCUUGGAGUGCACAAGGGUUGGAGCUCGGAGCGAGUUCCGGCCAAUGCUAAUUUGGGGGGCAGGAAGAAUACAACUGCUGCUGCUAUGUUGCCAUUCAACAAUGGGAGGACGUUGCCGUCGAAAUGGGAAGAUGCAGAGAGGUGGAUUUUCAGUCCGGUUCAGGGGCAGUCGAAUCAGCAGGCCCAGAGGAGGCCCAAGGCGAAGAGUGGUCCGCUCGGCCCUCCUGGAGUUGCAUAUUAUUCAUUGUAUUCACCAGCAAUGCCGAUGUUUGAUGGAGGUAGCGUUCCUAAUUUCAUGGCUGGUUCUCCGUUUUCAGCUGGGGUUAUGGCAGCGGAUGGAAUGGCAUUCCACUCCUCCGGUGCUCAUAAUGGAGCCUUUUCCAAUAGGGCUGAGCCUUUCAUUGCUCGUUCGGUUAGCGUGCAUGGUUGCUCUGAGGUGUUGGACCAGCAGUCAUCCCUGCCUGAGUCUCAAGAUGAAAAGCUUGAUGGGGUUAAGGAUGCAGCCACCAAUGUUUCUCGUGCAGUUUCACGAAGGGACAUGGCAACCCAAAUGAGCCCUGAUGACAGCAUUCACUCGUCUCCCAAGGAGGGGCAUGAUUACUCUGCUUCUACGUCCUCUUUCUUCCCUAUUGAGGAAAUGCAGAGCGCCCCUUCUUUGAAAUUGGAAGUCAGGGAUGUGCAGGUAGAUGAACGGGUCACUGUGACAAGGUGGUCCAAGAAACAUAAAGCCCGAAUACCUGGGAAGGGCUCUGAUAUUGUGGAUAGAUGGAAAAAGAAAGAUGCUGAUGUUCGAUCUUGUGCUUGGGAUCUCUCUGAUUCAGCAAAAAACGUUUCAAAAGUUAAAAGAGAGGAAGCUAAAAUCGCUGCAUGGGAGAAUCUGCAGAAGGCAAAAGCUGAGGCAGCAAUACGGAAACUAGAGAUGAAGCUGGAAAAGAAGAGGUCAUCAUCCAUGGAUAAAAUUAUGAACAAGUUGAGAUCAGCUCAGAAAAAAGCUCAAGACAUGAGAAGCCUAGUGUCAGACAAUCAAGCACAUGAUGGAAGGAGCUCACAUAAAACUUUAUCAAUUCGUAGGACUCGUCAUAUGGGUUCUUUUAGUGGUUGCUUUACGUGUCAUGCUUUCUAAUGCCUCAGCCAGCCAUUUGUUGUUCCACUUGUGCUAUAAAGCAAGGUCAAGUAAACGAGUUAUGGAGGAUUAGAGCAUGAAUGGAUGGUGUAUAUCAGUUAGCAGCUACUAUUUUGACACUAAAUCAUUGUCAACACUUUUCUGGUGGCGUGAAGUUCUGAUACCUCAAGUUCAGUAUUAGAUGACUAGGAUGGUAGUAAGUAAUUCUUGGGGAAUUUCAGUGACUAAUAAUGCUUCUGUGUAUGUAAAUCAAAGACUUUUAUUUUCCCACUAUGAAUGCUUGUUCUGCAAAUUGAAAUACAAUCCAUCUGGUUGAGCUUAAGUUUUCA